UACAGAGUCUAGCCCAACCGCUCAGUAUUACUGUAAGCAGAAGAUAACCACAACGAAAGAGAGAACCCAUAUUCGCAGAUAAAAAUUGAUUAAUCGAAUUAUUUAACCAAACAAGCAAUUUGAAUCCUCAAAUAUCCUAAUUCACUCACACAUACAGUGUAUAAUUUUAUUGUAUGGCAUCACCGAAUAAACCUCCACCAGAAGCCGUUCGAUCACCGUCCGCGAUCCUUCACCGGCCUGCCUCCCCACGCUUCCCAUCCGUCACGCCCACCUCCGGGGCCCACCGUAAGAUCGCGAUUGCUGUGGAUCUCAGCGAUGAGAGCGCUUUCGCCGUGAAGUGGGCUGUUCAGAACUACCUUCGUCCGGGCGAUGCUGUUGUCCUCCUCCACGUCCGGCCCACAUCCGUACUCUAUGGCGCCGAUUGGGGUUCAACCGAUGUCUCUGUCGACGCGGCAGAAGAGAAAUCUCAGCAGGAGCUCGAGGACGAUUUCGAUAAUUUCACCACCACUAAGGCGAAUGACUUGGCGCAACCCUUGGUGGAUGCGAAUAUUCCGUUCAAGAUCCAUAUAGUGAAGGACCACGACAUGAAGGAGAGGCUGUGUUUGGAAGUGGAGAGGCUCGGGUUGAGUGCGGUGAUCAUGGGAAGCAGGGGAUUUGGGGCGUCGAGGAGGAGCACGAAAGGGAGGCUUGGGAGUGUGAGUGAUUACUGUGUGCAGCACUGCGUGUGCCCAAUUGUGGUGGUGAGGUAUCCAGAUGAGAAAGAUGGGAGCUUUGCUAAUGAUGCUGUCAUUGGCAAUGGGGGUUCGGCUAAGGCCAUCGAUAAGGAUGACUUGAUUCUGCAUUCAGUGCCUGAGGAGGAGUCCGAGUACCAUGAUGCUUCGGACAAAACUACAGUAUAAUGCAGAUAUGGAGAAGACUUCUUGAGCAAAUGGGAUAUGGAGAGACCUGGGUAUUCAUAAGCUAGUCAAAGUCAAGUGAUCUCAAUGAAUAUUAAUUUGUGCCCUGUAGGUCGUUUCUGCUUAUGUUUAGUAGCUGUAUUUUCACUAUUUGUAGCGUGAAAUAAGUGACUUUGUUGAUGAGUUUUUUCAAUCCAUUCCUUUCCAUUUGCUGUAGUAAGUUAGCUUUCAGAACAAUGCUUUGCAAACUUAUCCUUUCAGUCUAUUUUGUUAUACUUAUGGCAUGUUUUUCAAAGGUAAAUCUGUACUGAACAGUAUUAAUUUAUAAAAUGAAGUUAAAAUUUUGUAUA